AUGGUAGCAGAAAGAGAGGUUAACGGUGACGGAGGGAGAACGCUAAUAUUCACCUACGGAACCCUCAAGAGAGGAUUUUCCAACCACCCCCUUCUUCAAGACCUCAUCCGCACCGGCGACGCUUCUUUCGUCGGAACCUACCGCACCGCCGGAAAGUACCCUCUGGUAUGCGGGCCAUACCGGGUCCCUUUUCUUCUCAACAUUCCCGGGUCGGGUCGUCGGGUUUACGGGGAACUGUACUCGGUCUCCACGCGCGGCCUCGCUCGCAUGGACGAAUUGGAGGGAACCUCACGCGCCCACUACGAGCGUCUCCCGAUCAAGGUGCUUCCGGCGGGCGAGGGCGAGGAAGAGGAAGGAGAAGAAACGGACAGGGAUACGAUGGCGGGGCUAACGUGUGCGGAGGCGUAUUAUGCGCACGGGAACUACGCGAUGGAGCUUUGGAAGAAGAACGGGAAGCGAGGGUUAAGGUGUUACACGCAGAAAGAGACGAUUGGUUAUGUGAAGCGCAAGGAUAGGCCUCAAAAUUUGACCUUCCUCGAUCAUAUUCGCUUUUUCCUUUCUUCUAAUUAG